AAUGUUUGACAAUUUUCCAACAAGGCAAGAAAUGAAUGAUAUUUGCAAGUCAGAGGGAAAAAUUAUGUUUAGCCCUGAUUAUUUGGAAGAAAUUGCUUUUUUUGACUAUAUUAAAAAAGUAAUUCUUACAAUAGCAAGUUUUGGACCAAUUCUUAAACUACCUUUUGAAUAUAAUACACCAAAGGAAGUAACUGGAAUGUCUGGAUAUCUUAAGCCAAAAAAAUGCGAAGAUGAACAAGUCAAAGUUUUUAUGUGUGAAGAGUCAUUUGACGAACUGGCUAGAAAAAGUUUAUUUAGUGCUGAUAGACUACUAAUACCAACAAUAGUUGAAUGUCCAUUAGGCUUUUUCACUUGUCAGACAUAUAAGUUUUGUCUUGCAAUGAUAUAUUUAUGUGAUGGUAAGAACAAUUGUUUUGACGGAAGUGACGAAAGAGAUUGUCCUGAUAAAAAUGAAUUUCAAUGCAAAAAUGGACAACAUAUACCUACCCAAUUUGUUUGUGAUUUUUUAAAUAAUUGCAAAGAUAGUUCAGAUGAAUCAGACUGCUCAUUUGAAUUAAUAACUGAAUCAAAGAACUCAACGAAUGCUGAAAGAUUUCAAUGCAAAAAUGGACAAAUAAUUACACAAGAGCAGAGAUGUAAUAACGUUUUGAAUUGUUUUGACAGUAGUGAUGAAGAUAGCCAAUGUCGAGAAAGAUGUAAAACUUUGAUAUUUUGCGAUAAUUUUUGUAUGCCAAAAGAGUUUAUUUGCGACAUGGAAAUUGAUUGUAAAAAUUAUGAGGAUGAGGGUAAAUCCAUGUGUGAAAAUCCAGCUGAGAAUUUAAGCUUUAAAUAUGAAUUGGGACAACAUCAAAACAAAAAUAGAACUUACUUUUGCCGAGUAGUGUAUAAUUCUUUAGGCAAAAUACAAACGAGACCUAAUUUUCCAAAAUACGAUUUGAGAGAUUGCAAGAAUUUCACAUGUAUGGCUGGCGAAUAUCAAUGCGCCGAAAAGAAUUAUUGUAUUCCAUUGAAUAAACUAUGUGAUAAUAUAUUUCACUGUUUUCUGGGAGAUGAUGAAGCAGAUUGCAGUAUUUCUUUCUUUCCUUCUUUCUUUCUAUCAAUCAUUAUACUUUUAUAA